AUGGCGCAACAAAAACCAGAUCCCAAGACGAUCAGACCAGACCAAACCGAGCGAGACGAGAAACCUUCUCAAAGACCAGCUAGGGACUCCGAAAAUCUUAACCAUGGCAGAUACCAGAACCGGCUGAUAGAGAAGGCAGAAGGGAUGGCAGUGUCCACGUGGCCAGACAUCUCUCACCUCUCCGUCUCAAGGCCAGAGCUGAUCAAUGUUCUGAGGCAGAUGGGCCAACAGGUCAAGUGGCCUCAGAAGAUGAAAGCACCCGACUCUUUCCGGAACCCUGGUGUCUGGUGCGACUUCCACCGAGACCACAGUCACAAAUUGGAGGACUGCAUCGCACAAAAGAUCGAGGUCAACAAGCUGCUUAAGAAAGGACACCUCAGGGAGUUCCUUUCCGAGAAGGCCAAGAGCCAUCUAAGGAAGGAGACAACGGGAAAGCCAACUGAAGCUGCUCUCGUCUCGCCACCUCGACAGGACCGAGUGAUUCAUGUCAUAUUGGGCGGUUCGGAGAUCAGCGGCAUAAGCCAUGCAGCCGCGAAGAAAAGCACCUGGAACGCUAAGCACGGACUAGAGGUAGCCAAGCCAAAACGUCUGCUCCUAGGCACAGACGAAAUAAGCUUCACGGCCAAGGAGGAGGAGAAAGUUCUCAGCCCGCAUCUUGACGCCCUGGUCAUAUCACUCAUUGUAGCGAACUACCUGGUGAAAAGGAUACUGGUAGAUAAUGGAAGCUCCGACAACAUCAUCUUCCAGGCCGCAUACAAGGACCCGGGGCUGGAGGAAAGUGCUCUAACUAGGAGGACAACCCCACUUAUAGGAUUGAGCGGGGAAGUAAAAAAACCCGCCGGAGAGGUGACCCUCCCGGUAUACGCCGAAGGAAUCAACAUGUCAACCAAGUACAUCGUUGUUGAAUGCGACUCAUCCUACAAUAUGAUCCUAGGACAGCCCUGGAUUCACGGCAUGUGA